AUAUAUAAAAUAGUGAUUACGCAAUCUUAUAAUUGCUCACUCACUUCAAAAUUGUCCCUGUCUAAUUUUAAUUUUUAUUAUCCGCUUAAGGUAACCAGCCAUUCCAUUUUUAGUAACAACACAAAAAUUUAUUUUUUCUUACCUGAUUUGGGGUUAGCAACCAGCUUUUAAACCUGGACCUGAAUCAUGAUUUAAAUUGACUUGUGAUUCUGAUCUACUAAUUGUUCUUUUGAUUUGAUCCAGUCAUAUAUAAAUAGCCACUUGGCCCUCCCUUAUAGUUUACUUUUUUUCCAGAUUUUUGUUAUUUAAAAGUAUUAUUCCUUAUUCAUUUAUCCUGAUCUAUAUUAGACACAUAGCAAUCAAAUGUUUAAAUUCUUCAGAUUCAUACUUAUAGUCUUCUCCUUGGCUUGUACUGUCCUUUCAGUGUUUGCCUUGGUAGGGUCCUACGCCAACAAAUCUUAUUUAACUUCCACUUACUUAUUAAAUUUCCAUUUAACUCAAGCUAAUUUAUCAGCUAUUAUUACCGAUGGUCUUGAUAAAAGAAGUAUUGGUGCUGAUAUUGCUUCCGCUACUUCUGAAUUUUGGAGUUCAGUUCAAACUGGUACUGCAGCAAGUGAUAUCGAUCUGCUGAUUCAAUCUGCUAUUAGUGAAGUUACUAGUGGUUUUACUUAUGCUGAAUUAGGUCUUGCUGAUGUUUAUCAAAUUGGUUAUUGGGGUUAUUGUAAAGGUUACGUUCUUAAAGAAGAAGCUUAUGGUGGUACUUUAGGUUCAGUAUUAAAACCUUUUGAUAAUAGUCAUGUCAAUUAUACUUGGUGUUCCCCUCCAAAAGCAGGUUUCAAAUUCGACCCCCUCGUAAUCUUUAAAACUGAAAUUGGAAAUAAAUUAAAUAAUACAAUCGAAGGUGCUAGUACUGAAGUUUCUCCAAUUUUAACUCAAGCGGCUACAACUGCUUUACAACUCUUAUUACAAAAUCUUACUUGGGAUAACUUGAAUUUACCAGGUGAUUUAAAAGCUCAACUUACUUUACUUAAUGGUUUAACUGUCGCUUCAUUUGGGAUAAUAUUAGCUGUGGCUGUAUUAUCAUUCAUUUCCGUUAUUCUUCAAUUAUUCGGUUGUUGUUUCUCUCCUGAUAAUUGCUGUCUUUCAUUCUUGAAUUUUUCAUUCGAAUUACUUAUUUUCAUCCUUUCCAUAGUUGGUGCUGGUUUAGCUACCGGAGCUUAUUAUUUCACCAGAAGUCAAAUUAAUGAUAAUACGACUGAAUUCGGUAUUAAAGCUUUCUUAUCCAUCAAUUUAUAUGCCUUCCUUUGGUCAUCCGUCGUUGCAGCAUUACUAGUAGUUAUAUUUAACUUAUUGGGUCAUUGUUGUGGUUUAUUCGGUACUGGUCGUAGAAGGUACAGAGCCGUUGCUCCUGCUGCUGCUUAUGAACAUAAAGAAAUGUAUGAUGAUGAAUCAGAUUAAAUCAUGUGAAACGAUCAUCAUCUUCAUAACCUCAUCAACAGUUCAUUAAUUUCAUCACUCCUUUUUUCAAUUCUUCGUUACUCUAUUUCCUUCCCCUCCUUAAUUAUGUUUAAACAUUGUGUAUAUUAUUAUUUCGAUUUAAUUGAUAGGUCAAUUCUCGGUUCUUUUAAAACUAAUAUUUUAU